AUGUCUGAGGCGGGAAAUGUGGCCUCCGGCCUCGGGCUUCCAGGCGAAGUCUCCCAGUGGUCUCUGAAGCGCUAUGGUCGCUUCAUGCUCUUGGACAAUGGGGAGUCCCCUGGACCUAGCUCGGAAGCUGCUGCAGUGGGCUCGCCCACAUGGAAGGUUUUUGAAUCCAGUGAAGAAUCUGGGAGUCUUGUUCUCACGAUCGUUGUAUCAGGUCACUUCUUCAUUUCCCAAGGACAGACACUGCUGGAAGGGUUUUCACUCAUUGGCAGCAAGAACUGGUUGAAGAUUGUAAGACGCAUGGACUGUCUUCUGUUUGGAACAACAAUAAAGAACAAGAGCCGAAUGUUUCGUGUCCAGUUUAGCGGGGAGUCCAAGGAAGAGGCGCUGGAGCGCUGCUGUGGCUGUGUGCAGACCCUGGCCCAGUACGUCACCGUUCAGGAGCCUGACAGCACCACCCAGGAGCUUCAGCAGAGCCGAGGCCCCCGGGAGGCAGGUGAAAGCCAAGGGAAGGACCCACUGCAGCAGGGGCCCUCCCUGACCCUGGAGCAGCACGUGUGUAUGGCAGCUGGGGCAGGUGCUCUACAGGAAAGAACCUCAGUGACACAUCUAGCUCAGUCUAUCCUGGCGCCAGAGAAACUGACCCUCGCCUAUGAAGGAUCUUCAUGGGGAACAGAAGAAUUGGGCCCUUUUCUUCGCUUAUGCCUCAUGGAUCAAAACUUCCCAGCAUUUGUGGAAGAGGUGGAAAAGGAACUUAAAAAGAUUACAGGGUUGAGAAACUAAAGCCCUGGACAUGUAUGCAACUAAGGAACU